AUGAAGCGAUACCCGCACAAGGCUGGCUACCGCUGGGAGUGCAAUUCAGUGCAAUGUCGCCAAUCAGGGACCAAUGAUCGUCAAUAUCAUCGCCGCCAAUCACGGACCACAUCGGUUACUUCGUUGACACGUACUUCGAGUCGACCCACAUCACCUCAAGCCUUCCAAUUCGCUUAUCUCUACUUCCAUCAAUACUCAUGU